UUGAUGCAGGGUGCAGAGAGAGAGAGAGGUAGAAUCCAAAGAGAGCGUCUUUUGGGGCUUAUAAAUAGCAGAGACCGUUUGGUCUUUCUUACAAUAUCUCCACAAACUGCAAUCUUCACGUGCUCUCUGCUUCUCUUAUUAAUAUCAUCGAUCUGCUUUGGUCUAUUUGUUAAUUGUUCCUUUUUUUUUUUUUUCUUUUUUACUAUCCAAAAAUCUUACUCAUCCUUCCGUCAAUCUAUCUGUUGCCUUGCUGCUACCUCUUUUUUGUUUCCUUAGUGUCUUCUUUUGGGGGUCAGGAAGGUAGUUAUAGCUAUAAAUAUACAUAUAUCCAUCAAAGAGGAUUACAGUUUUGUUAGUUGGUUGAUAAAGAAAGGUUAAGGUUUUUUUUUUUUUUUGGUAGUUAUUAUUACUAACAUGGAGAACAAGAGGCAGACUGGUGCUUCUUCUUUGGAUCAUCUUUUUGGUCCUAAAGACUCUUCUUCUUCUUCUUCAUCAUCAUCGAGUGUUUUUGGCUCUAUUUUCUCUCCUCCAUCAAUGGGGAUGGGUAGGGACUCUGCUGGAAUUAUGGGAAAUCAAGCUGGGAAUAGCAAGUAUGGGAUUCCAGAUAAUGUCACUCAAAGCAAUAAGGGAAGUAACAGUGGCAUCAUGGGAAAAGAUUCGAGUUCUUUCUAUCAAAAUGAAACAGCAGAACCCUGUUAUUUUAGCUCAUCAAUCUAUUAUGGUGGCCAAGAAAAUUAUUCUCCAAGGACCAGGAACUCAGAAUCUCAUGUUUUCAAGAAAGAUGAUAAAAAAGAUGAUCCAAAUGGCAACAGUUCAAACAGUGCUUCACGAGGAAAUUGGUGGCAGGGUUCUCUCUAUUACUAGCAACAUCCCUCCCCUCAUAAAAAUGCAAACUUAGCAUCUAUAAGCUAAGGAAUGAUGGCUAUAAUCUAACCACAUACCAUGGAAAUAAAGCUGAUAGUAUGUUGGAGUAUAAUAUGGCAGUAGCUAAAAGCAAUUUGUGUUGGUAGAGUUGGGUUCCAUUUGUCCCAAUUACUAGUCUUACACAUGAGCUGAUAUAUAUAUAUAUAUAUAUAUAUAUAUAUAUAUAUAUAUAUAUGCUGUUAUAGGAGUUGAUGUUUUCUUGUAUACCAAGUUAAUUUUCUUUUGCACAGCUAACCUAAUCCUACAUGUACUAUGAACAAUGAUCUCUGCGCUUAUCUUUUAAGUUUUGAACCUUACAUUUUA